AUGGCGCCUCCUCCUACGCCCUCCGCCCUCGCCGCCGGAGCUCCACCGCCUCAAAGCUCAAUAGCCUCGUCUUCCUCUCCUCCCCCUUCCAGCACCACCCACCGCCCACGCACCCGCACGCUCUCCAACGCCACCACAACCCCCAGCACCAAGCGCGCCAGCACCGCCGGCACCGCGGGCCCCGCAACGCCGCUGUCGGCCCCGAAGGUGCACUACACGGUGCUGGUGCGGCUGCCGUUCGCGCGCGGCGACUUUGUGGACCCCGCGCAGGUCGAGUGGGACGCGACCAAGGACCAGGCGCUAUGGAAGAUCAUCAGCCGGCCGAUGAGUAGCGGGGGCGGCGGUGGCGGCGGCGGCGGCGGCGGCGGCGGCGGUGGUGGUGGUGGCAUCGGCACCGGCUGGGGCGAGCAGCGGCGCGAGAUCAACUGGGAGGAGCUGGCGGCGCGGUUCGAGGUCGGGCAGGGGUUCAUCCUGCAGCAGGCGGCUUGGCUGUAUGAAAGGCAUCUGCAGCAUGUGAAGGCGCAGAUGAGGAAGGUUGGUGGCGGUGCUGCGGCCGGUGGUGGUGGUGGUGCGGGACAAGUCACCGCAGCGGCGGCGGCGGCGACGGCGGCGGCGGGUAGUGGGAGCGGGAAUGUGGGGAGUGUGCCGAUGAAGAGGGGAGGGAGCGGCAAUGGCGCCUCGUCUGCGGCGCAGGGAAGGGUGAGCGCGCUGUCGAUCAGGUCGACGAGGGAUAGCCCGGUGCCUUGGAGGCCGGCGAUUGCGUCUCCCGUGGUGGGAGGCCAACUCUCGCGUACGCCGUCGACCACGACUAUUACCCAGAGCCGUCUUCAGCAGCAGCCUCAGAGCCCGCGGCAGCCGCUACGCAGCUCGUUUCGUUCAUCUUUCCCGCCUGCGCCGCGCCGGGCUUCUCCGACGCUUGAGCCGACAGCGGAGACGAGCCGUAACCAUAGCAGGACUGUCAGCCCGGCUUCCAUGCAGAUGUCCCAAUCUGAAUCGGAGUCUUCGUCUUCUGAUGAUGACAAGGAUAACCCCAUUCGUCGAAGCCAACUGUUCAAGCGCCCGCCGCGCUUCAUGUCCCGCCCAUCCAAGCCUGGUCUCCCCCGUCUAGACGACGUGGAUAUCGAAUCCGACGAAACCGUAGACUACGGCAACCGCGCUGGCGACGAGCGCUCCGAUGGCGACGAUGACGACGACGACGACGAUGAAUUCCUUCCCUUCGCCGUGCCCACUCGCCGCCGGACCGCUCCCAACACCAAGCAGGCCCAGCACCAAGGCACCUCCGCCGGCCCCCGUCGUGCCCACACCCACCACGAUCCGCAGCAGUCGGCGAGACCCGCAUCCACCCGCUACAUCCCCAGCGGCACCAUCCGCGCAUCCCGUCCGCCCCUGUCCUCCGUGGCGGCAGGCAAGCAGCCCAUCCGCGCGGCGACCAUGGACGCAUCCUUCACCUCCACCAGCGACGCGCGCAGCACGGACGGUGACGAUGCCGGUUAUGGCGGCGACGGUGCCGGUGCCGGUGCCGGUACCGGCAGGCCUCGCACCAACAGCGGCUCGGCCGCCGCCAUUCAGGGCGCCUUCGCGGGCCGCAGGCAGAAGCGACGCGCCGGCACCGUCACCGCGCCGUACUCGCCUUCUUCCGGCGGCCCGGCCAGCGGCGCGUUGAGCCCGCGGCACAGGGCCGAGUUGGCUCGGCUCAGCCCGGGAAUGAAACGGGAGGGGAGUGAGGGGACGCCGAGCAUGGGGAGCAGCUUUAGCGAUCUUGACGAUGCGAGCGUCACGCAGAGCGCGUUGGAGGAGCAGCUGCUCAGCCAUAUGCAACAUCAGGGCGGGCUGAGCAGAAUGAGCACGAUUAGCCAGGCGUUGAGGAGUAAGUAUUUGCCCUGA